AGAUCUCAUGUUGAACAUCACUGUGAAGUACAAUGGUGCAAAACCAACUACUAACAUGGUUAUCGUGAACAUUAAACUCCUGUCGGGUUUCACAGCAGAUACGUCACUGCUUGGAUCGCCACCAGAUUCAUUUGCUCCAUUAGUGCAGCGGGUUGAUGCUGGAGAUGACCAUGUGCUUGUGUAUCUGAAAGAGGUUCCCAAGGGUGUCCCCAUGACCUACAGGCUACAACUGAAACAGGUUCUUGCAGUGCAGAAUCUCAAGCCAGCGGUCGUUGAGGUUUAUCAGCAAAGUGAUGUGUUUGAGACCACAUACAUGCCUCCCUGUCCAUGA